AUGGGAAGAACAGAACCAUUGAUCGUACAGUACAAAAACAGGUGGUACGAUUUAACAGAUUUUGCACAUAAGCACCCAGGUGGAACAAAUUCCCUGACCGGCCUGCACAACAAGGACAUGAAGGAUCGCUUCGAGCGUGCCCCGGGACAUUCCGAGGCAGCCAGGUAUCUUAUGCGGGAGUAUCAGAUAAACCCUCCGAACUCCACGCAAACCAUCAAGCAGAACGGAUACUCUCUAAAUGGCUCUGCCAAGCACCCGAUGACAAAUGGUUCCGUCUCGAAUGGCGUUAGAAAUGGUGUAAAGCCUUCUAGCACCGCACUUCAUUCAUCAAAGACUCCAUCCAACGAGGACGAUUUAACGCACUUAACGGAUGAAAGCAUGGAGCACCUGGUCGACUGGAACAAGCCGAUGGUUCUUCAAAUACACAAAAUGGGGAGCAAGUAUGCAGAGUGGGUGAACAAACCCGUUGAUCGGGAACUGCGCCUCUUUGGCCCAUCCUGGGUGGAGAAUAUGACCAAAACGCCCUGGUGGAUAGUGCCCGCCUUCUGGAUACCGGCUAUUGGGUACAUUAUCACUCACUACGGAUCGCAUGAUUUGGCCAAGGGUCGAGGAUUCAGCAACCCAACCCAAUCGUUCUUGACCGUCGAUCUGUAUUUGCAUCUGGUCAUCGGUGCACUCGCCUGGACACUCCUCGAGUACUCGCUGCACCGCUGGGUUUUUCAUCUCGAUCCGAAGGAUAAUCGUUUCUUACAGACGUUUCACUUUCUCAUACACGGCCAGCAUCACAAGGUGCCGUUCGAUUCCUAUCGAUUGGUAUUUCCGGUGCCACCGGCCAUUCUGCUUACUACAAUAUUUUAUCAACCCAUAUACUACAUUUUUCCAUAUCCAAGGCUUACCCUUGCUGGAGGUCUCAUAGGAUAUCUUAUUUACGACAUGAUACAUUAUUAUCUCCACUAUGGAAGUCCUUCCGGCGGCCACCUGUACCACAUGAAACGAUAUCAUUACUCUCAUCACUUCGUUCAUCAUGACCAAGGUUACGGAAUCAGCAGCGACGUCUGGGAUAAACUCUUUGGAACACGAAUAAUGCUGAGAAAGUUAAAGUACCUUUUAAAAUGGUAGAGAAAGCUUUUAGAAGUCGAC